AUGGAGACGACACUCCCCCUCCCCUUCGCCGUCAGCGUCAAUGUGCCCCCCGGACUGGCCGGCGAGAAGGAGGGUCUAACGCGCGAGGAGGUCUCGUGCCUGGGCGUCGUCUUCUUCGAGGUGACGCCCCAGACCCUCGAAAAACUGUUGCGCUUCCUGGCCCAGCACAACACCGAGUUCCAAGCUUUCUUCGAUGUCACACGCCUCCAGUCCCGCGACGACGUCGUCACCCUGCUCGAUGCCGGCGCCCGCAGGGUGUUUGUGCGCCCCGAGCAACUAGCCGACUUUGCUGAGUUCGGUGCCCGUGUUGCUCCAGUCGUCUACGGCUCCAACCCCAGCCAGCUAGCUUCGGCUACUGAACACGGUCUGCUCGUCUCUGGCUUCGACCUGGCUGCCAGCGAGGCCGUCCAGUUCGCUAAGGAGGCCAAGGCCAAGAAGAUCCAGAACCUCUUUGUGAAGCCCGUGCCCGGGACCGACCUCGCCAGCCUCGUCAAUUACACCGCCCAGUUCGACGCCAUCCCCAUCCUGCCCUCGACCGGUCUGUCGAGCAAGCCGGAGGACGGCAAGCUGGCCGUAUCCAAGAUCCUCGCGUCGACAUGGAAGUCGGACCGCCCGGAUGGGCUGAUCCCGACUGUUGUCUGCGACGAGCACGACACCGCCCUGGGCCUGGUCUACAGCAGCGAGGAGAGCGUUGGCGAGGCCCUUAAAACACAGACCGGCGUCUACCAGAGCCGGAAGCGUGGUCUGUGGUAUAAAGGUGCCACGUCAGGUGACACCCAGGAGCUGGUCCGGAUAUCACUGGAUUGUGAUAAUGACGCGCUCAAGUUCGUCGUCCGUCAGAAGGGUCGCUUCUGCCACCUGCCGCAGUCCGGUUGCUUCGGCGACCUGCGGGGUAUCGCUAAGCUGGAGAAGACCCUUUUUUCAAGGAAACAGUCUGCUCCGGAGGGCUCGUACACCGCUCGUCUGUUCAAUGACGAGAAGCUCCUGCGAGCCAAGAUCAUGGAGGAGGCCGAGGAGCUGUGCGAUGCCAAGACCCCUGAAGAGGUUGCCUUCGAGGCGGCCGACCUCAUCUACUUUGCUCUUACCAAGGCCGUCAGCGCCGGUGUGACUCUGGCCGACAUCGAGAGGAGUCUCGAUGCCAAGAGUUUCAAGGUGAAGCGCAGGACAGGCGACGCCAAGGGCAAGUGGGCUGAGAAAGAGGGCAUCAAGCCCGCCACUCCGGCUCCGGCCCCGGCUCCGGCUCCGGCUCCUGCGCCUGAGCCCAAGAAGGAACCGGCCUCUGACAAGAUCAAGAUGCAGACGUACGAUUUAGCCAAGGUCUCCAAGGAAGAGCUCUACGAGGCGCUCAAGCGCCCCUCACAAAAGUCCUACGACGCCAUCCUUAAGAUCAUCACCCCCAUCAUCGAAGAUGUCCGCAAGAACGGCGACAAAGCCGUCCUCUCUUACACACACAAAUUCGAGAAGGCGACCUCCCUGACUUCCCCCGUCCUCAAGGCCCCCUUCUCAGAGAGUAUGAUGCAACUUCCCCCCGAAACCAUCCAAGCCAUCGACAUCUCCUUCGAGAACAUUCGCAAAUUCCACGCCGCCCAAAAAGAGGACAAGCCCCUCCAGGUCGAGACCAUGCCUGGCGUCCUCUGCAGCCGCUUCUCCCGCCCCAUCGAGGCCGUAGGCCUCUACGUGCCAGGCGGCACCGCCGUGCUGCCCAGCACGGCCCUCAUGCUCGGCGUCCCCGCCAUGGUGGCCGGCUGCAAGCGCAUCGUGCUUGCCACGCCGCCGCGCGCCGAUGGCACGGUGACUCCCGAAGUGGUCUACGUCGCGCACAAGGUCGGCGCGGAGGCGAUUAUUUUGGCGGGUGGCGCCCAGGCCGUGGCGGCCAUGGCCUACGGCACGGAGAGCAUCGCGAAGGUGGACAAGAUUCUGGGUCCCGGCAACCAGUUCGUUACCGCGGCCAAGAUGUUCGUCAGCAACGAUACCAACGCCAACGUGAGCAUCGACAUGCCAGCCGGCCCGUCUGAGGUGCUUGUCAUUGCGGACAGCGAUGCCAACCCGGCGUUUGUGGCGUCCGACUUGCUCUCGCAGGCGGAGCAUGGCGUGGAUAGUCAGGUGGUGUUGAUUGCGGUGGAUCUAUCGGACGAGAGGCUCGCGGAGAUUGAGGAGGAGCUGCACAGGCAGGCGAUGGAGUUGCCGCGCGUGGAGAUUGUCAAGGGGUCGAUUGCGCACUCGUUGACGGUUAGGGUGAAGACUGUGGAUGAGGCGAUGGAGAUUAGUAAUAUGUACGCGCCGGAGCAUUUGAUUUUGCAGUUGAGGGAUGCGGAGAAGGUGGUUGAGAAGGUGAUGAAUGCGGGAAGUGUUUUCGUGGGCCAGUGGACGCCCGAGAGCGUGGGGGAUUACUCAGCUGGUGUUAACCAUUCUUUGCCAACCUACGGCUACGCCAAGCAAUACUCUGGCGUCAACCUCGCCUCCUUUGUCAAGCAUAUCACCAGCUCCAACCUCACUGCCGAGGGACUGCGGAAUGUUGGCGAGGCGGUCAUGCGCCUGGCUAAGGUUGAGGAGCUAGAGGCUCACAGGAGGGCUGUCAGCAUCCGGUUGGACUAUAUGAACCGGAAUUAG